AUGAAUUUGUCGACAAUUCCAAAAGUUGAAGGUGUAGUAGAGAAAUGUGUAAAUGAAAAUAUAGUUCAACAUGGGGAAGGGAAAGAGUGUGUUGUUGAUUAUACACCACAUUUAGAAAUGGAGUUUGAAUCCGAGGUAUCGGCGUAUGAAUUUUAUAACGAGUAUGGUAGGAUAACUGGAUUUGGUAUUCGUCGAGAAUAUGUAAAUAAAAGUAGAAAAGAUGGAACUUUGACUUCGAGAAGAUUUACGUGCUUUAAAGAGGGUAAACGGAGUGUUGACAAACAGAGUAACUUGGUAAAAGAGGGUAGAGUAGAGACUAGAACGGGAUGUCACGCUCGUAUGGUUAUUUCACUUGAUCGAAAGAUUGGGAAAUAUAAGGUUGUUGAUUUUGUAGCUCAACAUAAUCAUGCUCUUCUACCGCCGGGGUAUGUUAAUAUGAUUCGCUCCCAUCGACGCGUAUCUGAGUCACAAACAUCUCAAAUUGCAAUGGGUGAUGAUGAAUCUAGAUUAAAACAAAAAGGUUUUCGGAAACAAGUUUCGGAUGAAGUUAAUGAAAUGGAUGGUAUUGGUUAUACAAGACAAGAAAGGAAGAAUUAUCUUCCGACUAGAAGGAUGCAAUCCCUAAUGUAUGGUGAAGUGGGUGAUUUGUUGAUGCAUUUUAAACGUCAGAAUGAAAAUCCUUCGUUCUUUUAUGAUUUUCAAUUAGAUGUUGAAGAGCAAAUAACAAAUAUAUUUUGGGCGGAUGCACAAAUGAUAAAUGACUAUGGAUGCUUUGGUGAUGUCGUUAGUUUUGACACAACAUACAAGACAGAUAAGGAUUACCGGCCGUUGGGAGUAUUUGUCGGGCUAAAUAAUCACAAGCAAAUGGUUGUUUUUGGUGCAACGUUGUUAUAUGAUGAAACAAUUCCUUCUUUUCAAUGGUUAUUUGAAACUUUUCUCCAAGCAAUGGGUGGAGAAAACCCUAAAACCAUUUUAACUGAUCAAGAUGCCGCAAUGGCCACAGCUAUUUCUUUAGUUAUGCCAGAAACAUUUCAUGGAUUGUGCACUUGGCAGAUAAGAGCAGAUGCCAUGAAGCAUGUGAACCAUCUCUAUCAAAAGGGUUCACAAUUUUGCUCGGAUUUUGAAGCAUGCAUUGACCUACAUGAAGAGGAAUGUGAGUUUUUGAACGCGUGGAAUGUUUUACUUGCUGAACAUAAUGUUUAUAAAGAUUCAUGGCUUCAUACAAUUUUUCAACUGAAGGAAAAAUGGGCAUGGACGUAUGUUAGAAAAAAAUUCACAGCAGGUAUGCGUUCUAUUCAAUUAAGUGAGAGUUUUAGUUAUGAGUUGAAAAAUCAUUUGAAGGCAGAUUUAAAUUUAGUACAAUUUUUCACACACUUUGAAAGAGCUGUCAGUAAACAACGGAACGAUGAGUCAGAAACCGAUUACAAGUCAAGACACGAGUUGCCUAAAUUGAAAAUGAAAAGGGCUCCUAUGCUUGUACAAGCUGGAAGCAUUUACACUCCAGCAAUCUUUGAAGAAUUUCAAGAAGAGUAUGAAGAAUAUCUAGGCACUUGCGUAAAGAAUUUGGAUGAAGGGUUGUAUGUUGUUACAAACUAUGAUAAUAGUAAGGAGCGGAUGGUAAUAGGGAAUCUCGAGGAUCAAAAGGUUGUCUGUGAGUGUUAUAAAUUUGAGACGUAUGGUAUCUUAUGCAGUCAUGCUAUAAAAGUUUUAGAUGUUAUGAAUAUUAAGUUAAUUCCUCAACACUAUAUACUGAAGCGAUGGACAAGAGAUGCAAGGUUAGGAAGUAAUCAAGGUUUAAAAGGGCAACAUAUCGAAUUGGAUAUAAAAGCCCAUUUCAUGGAGCGAUACAAUGAGUUAUGUCCUCGAAUGGUUAAAUUGAUCAACAAAGCAUCAGAAUCUCAUGAAACUUACACGUUUUUGUCCAAAGUUUAUGAAGAGUCUGAGAAAACAAUUAAUGAUAUGUUGGCUAAAAGGUUUGUGGGUGGAGAAUCACUUGAAGCGCGACAUGCAUCCAUAUCCAUUGGCAAUGAAAAAAUUGACAACAAGGUGGAAACUGUUGAUGCUGAUGGAGAAAAGAGUAUAAAGAAGCUAAGAUUGCUCAAGUAA